AUGGGCAUGGCCCUCUGCCGCAGGGCCGUGCUCGCCGCCUCUUUCCGCCGCCCUUCCGCCAUCCCCACUGUCGCCCCGCGUCUCUCUUCCCCCGCGCGCCUGGCUCCGACAGCGCGUGUCGGCAUCGUGCUUCCCUUCCCCCGCCGCGUCCCCUCGUCGUCAUACCGCGCGGCACUAGUAUGUAGUCCCACCGCCCCCCCGUCGCGCCAUCUUCAAAUUCCUAGCACCGCGCGGAGCUUCCGUGCCUCACUGUGCGCACCUAGGGCGCUCGCGGGAACUGGCGAAAGCGAUAGACAGCUGUUGGCCUCCGCCCGCAGCGGAGACAGGGGAGCAAGGCUUGGCGCAUUAAGGGGUGUGGCCAUCGGCGCGGGGAAUGGCACAGGGGGCGGCUCAGGGGACGCGCAGCUGCGGUCGGCGGAGGAGGAGGAGGUCGCGGAGGUCGUGCGAGCUAACGUGUCUGGUGGGGCGGAGGGGGAGAAGGAGGGGCGGGGCAAGGCGAGGGCGGGGAAGAAGAGCAUAUCGAGCUAUGGCGCGGAACACAUUCAGGUGUACGAGGUGGUGGACAACGCCAUCGACGAGGCGCGGGCGGGCCAUGCGAGCACCGUGCACAUGCUGCUGGGGGCCGACGGCUCCGUGUGCGUCACUGACAACGGCCGCGGGGUGAGCGCGCAUGCGCUCAGGGCAGGGCUUAUGGUUCAGGGCUGGCUGGCGGAUGGAAUUCAGGGCGGGCUGGGGCAGGGUAAUGGUUACAGUCACCAGGCCACUCCGUGCGUGUGCGCUGCCCGUGUUGCUGGAAUGAGUAUGUGUGAGAGUAGGGUUUAG